UUUUUACAUAUUGAUCACGAUCCAUUUUUUCUCAAGCUUGACGAAGAAAAAAAUUUUGAAAAAGGGGGCUGCCCAACAACAGUGUCACAAAAUCUUCCGUUUUUUCUCUUUGUUUUUCGUUUUUUUUAUUAUAUCUGGCUUUAUUAUUAGCUUUAUUAAAUUCAAGUGAACAGAAUAAAUGGCCACAAUUCAAUUGGCACAGAAGGGUACACCGCUUCCAUAUAUUGCUGGCGCGCUCGCCGAGUUUGCCAACGAGUCAUCUCCGGGAUCGUUCACCGUCAGCUGGCACGAGGGCGCAUCGCUCAAGGGCAAAGACAAGGCAGCCAACGCCGUGCUUGUUCAGAACGGACAAGAGACCAUCGGCGAGCCCAGCGUAGUCCAGGCGAUCCUCAGCAGGCUUCCAUCCACUGCUGACCAGCAGGAGUGGAUCCAGUUUGCGCAGGAAAAGCUCAGCGUGUCGAACUACAAGGACUUUGAGGCGGCGCUCGCGCACCUGGACCACCACCUGGUGAUGCGCUCGUUUGUGUCCGGCUAUGCCCCGACGCAGGCCGACCUGGCUAUCUGGGGUGCGCUGCGUGCUUCGGCGAUUUUCCAGCGCAACCUCAAGACCAAGCCUGAGAUCCUCGGCGACCAUCUCAUCAGGUGGUACGCCCAAGUCAACACGCACCCGGCGGUGACCAGGCUGGCGGAGCUGCACCAGCAGGCCAACAAGCAGGCGACCACGACUGCCAAGGCCGCUGACCAGGGAUCGUUUGACCUGGGUCUGCAGAACGUCGAGUACGGCCGCGUUGUUACGCGGUUCCCCCCAGAGCCCAGCGGUUUCCUGCAUAUUGGCCACGCCAAGGCUGUGCUGCUCAACGAGCACGUUGCCAGGUCCAACGGCGGCAAGCUGAUUGUGCGGUUCGACGACACGAAUCCGUCCAAGGAGAAGGUCGAGUUCGAGGACAGCAUCGUCGAGGAUCUGCGCCUCUUGGGCGUCGAGGCGGACCUGGUUUCGCAUACCAGUGAUUUCUUUGACAAGAUCUACGACUAUGCUCUGCAGAUGAUUCGCAGCGGCCACGCCUACGUCGACAACACCGACCAGGAGACCAUGCGCGAGGAGCGCGGUGCCGGCAUUGCGUCCAAGUGCCGCGACCUCAGCGUCGAAGAGAAUCUCGAGCGGUUCGAGCUGAUGCGGCAGGCGACGGAGUAUGGCCAGACAUGCUGCCUGCGCGCCAAGAUGAGCGUUGACAACCCGAACAAGGCGAUGCGCGAUCCCGUGAUCUACCGCUGCAACCUGACGCCGCACCACCGCACGGGCACACAGUGGAAGAUCUACCCGACGUACGACUUCUGCUGCCCCAUCGUGGACUCGAUCGAGGGCGUCACCCACGCUCUGCGGUCGAUGGAGUACCGCGACCGCAACCCGCAGUACGAGUGGUUCUUCCCGGCGCUUAACCUGCGGCCAGUGCAGAUCAUGGACUUUUCGCGGAUGAACUUUGUCUACACGCUCCUGUCCAAGCGCAAGCUGCAAUGGUUUGUUGACCAGGGGCUUGUCUCCGGCUGGGACGACCCGAGGUUCCCCACGGUGCGCGGUAUUCGCCGCCGCGGAAUGACUAUCGAGGCUCUGCGGCAGUAUGUGCUGAUGCAAGGUGCGUCGCAGAAGAAUAUGCUUUUGGAGUGGGAUAAGAUCUGGUCGCUCAACAAGCGCAUCAUUGACCCGGUGACUCCGCGCCACACGGCGCUGCUGAAGAAGGACCUGGUGCCUGCUUCCCUCAGCAACGGCCCUGCGGAGCCGAUCGUCAAGGAGAUGGCCAAGCACAAGAAGAACCCCGAGCUGGGCACCAAGCAGACGGUGUUUUCGUCCCAGCUGUUCAUCAACCAGGAGGACGCCGCGGCAUGCGAGGUUGGCGAGGAGCUGACGCUGAUGGACUGGGGCAACGCCAUUGUCGAGUCCAUCGACCGCACGGGCUCAACCGUGACCAACCUUGUUCUACGCUUGCACCUGGAGGGCGAUGUCAAGGCCACCAAGAAGAAGAUCACCUGGCUGGCACAGUCCCCCUCUGUGCACCCUGUUGAGGCGAUGCUUGUGGACUACGACUAUUUGAUCACUAAGAAGAAGCUUGAGGAGGAUGACAGCGUCGAAUCAGUGCUGACGCCCAAGACCGAGUACGCGGAUUCCGCGAUUGUUGACGCAAAUGUUGCGCUGUUGCCGCAGGGGGCGAUUCUGCAGAUUGAGCGCGUUGGGUACUUUAUUGUGGACAAGGUUGCGAAGGAGAGCGAGUUGCAGCUGGUCACUUUGGUUAAGAUUCCUGAUGGCAGGGCGUCGAGCAUUGCGAGCAAGCAUAAGGAAGGCGAGGCUGGUACUGCUGCAGUUAAGGCCGAGGGUGCUGCUGUUGCUGCUGUGAAGGGCGCGAAGGGUAGCCCUUGGGAUAAGGGCAACAAGAAGAAGGCUGAGGCUGAGGUUAAGCCUGAGGCCCAGCAAGAGCAGCAGCAGGCUGUUGUGGUUAAUGAUGCGUCGCUUGGGUUGCCGAAGCCGAAGGAUACCGUGGAUAUGUACGAGACUGGGAGAAUCUACGGUGACGUUGAGAUUGAUCAGCCCAAGAAUAUCACCAGUAUGUAUGAGACUAAACGGAUCUACUGAAGUGGAAAAAUAUAUAUUAAGCAGAUUAUAAAAAUCAAUUGAUCAACACCGUUCAUUUUAUUCUUUCAAUACCUUUUAUUUUAUUUUUUCUUGAGUAAAAUAAAAAAGAUGAGGCUUU